AGCAGGAGCUGGGGGGAGAAAAGCUGCUGGGGCGGCGUGGAGAGCGGCGCUGGCGGCGGCCGCCUGCGCUCCGCUCCUGGGGGCGCCUCGCCGGGCUGCGGCCCGCCCGGAGCCAGCAGGCGCCCGGCCGGCUGGAGAGGGGCCGCCACCGCCACCGUCCUGCUCGGGGGAGGCUCCGUGGUGGCGUGUUACGGCGGCUGGCGGGGGCGGCCGGGGGCGGGCGCCUUCCUCACCGUCCUGGCUCAGUUACUAUAUCUUCAACUGCAGAAAAAGUUGUGUACCUUGUGGUUUUUCAUCUGUCAUUUGUCAUGUUUGUAUGGUCGUAUUGGAAGACAAUUUUCACAUCUCCUGCAUCCCCUUCCAAUGAGUUCUGCUUGUCAAAAGCUGAUAAAGAACAAUAUGAAAAGGAAGAGAGACCAGAAUUCCAGCAGGAGAUUUUGAGAAGAGCUGCUAACGACUUGCCUAUCUAUACGACAACAGAAUCAAGAGCCAUCAGAUACUGUGAUCGAUGCCAGCUAAUCAAACCUGACCGCUGCCACCACUGUUCUGCGUGUGACAUAUGUGUACUAAAAAUGGACCACCACUGUCUGUGGGUGAAUAAUUGUGUGGGGUUUUCGAACUACAAAUUCUUCCUCCUGUUUUUAAUGUAUUCCGUACUGUCCUGUCUGUUUGUUGCUGCUACAGUCUUGCAGUACUUCAUAAAGUGCUGGACAAAAGAAUUGACAGAUGCCUAUGCAAAAUACCACAUACUAUGCCUUUUCUUUGUGGCAGCCAUAGCCUUCAUCGGCAUACAGUGGCUCUUCAGCCGCCACUGCUGGCUAGUUGGCAAAAACAGAUCAACAAUAGAAUCAUUCCGUGCACCCAUGUUUCGAAAUGGACCUGAUGAAAACGGCUUUUCGCUUGGAUAUGGCAAAAAUCUAAGGGAGGUUUUUGGAGAUGAAAAGAAGUAUUGGCUGCUCCCUAUUUUUACCAGUUUGGGCGAUGGGUGUAGUUUUCCAACUCGUUUGGUGAUUAUGGAUCCAGAGAAAGUAACUGUCUCAACCCAAACUGAACCUGCCAAAAGCUCUGGAGCCAGUCAGCCCUUUCAUCCUCGACCACUCAGUGCUGGUGUGCCCGCAGCACGGGGCACUGCUCCUUGCCGUCGUCCCCCCGCUGCGCUGGCCAGGCGGGUGGCCGUGUCCCCGUCCUGCUGA